AUGGACAAUCUUGCACAAAAGGGCAAUGAAAUUUUGGAGCCAGGUUCACUGACCUGGUUCACUGUGGGGAUCAUAAGAGUGCCAAGACUGGAUCAAGGGAGUGAGUGUAGCCAGUGCAGGGGAAAAGGAGACAGCAGCAGCUCUGCUUUAGGUGGGUUUGAACUUCUUGGGAACCUUAUCUGGACUAAUAAGAGUAGAACAGGAUGUCACAGAGGAGCGCAGCAAGAUGAACCGCUGUGGUCAUCUGCACUGACCGUUAGCAUCAGAUGUCCCAAAACAGAUGGACUCUGCUGCACACUUAGUAGCCCACAACAAAACUAUGUUGAGCUUUUAUUUGCAAAUUUGGCUAUUCCAGGAGUUAGUCUGCGAGCCCAGAGUAAAACCCAACAGGAAACAGAAAGCAAAUACGCUGAGGCUGUUCAGCAGAAACAAAACACUUCUGCUGCAGUUUCAUCUAAGAUCAACAUCAUACCCCCAAUGCUGACAAAGCCAGUAGUAACUCCUUCCAAUCCUGCUCACAAUGGCCGUGUGUGCAGCACGUGGGGCAACUUUCACUUCAAGACCUUUGAUGGAGACAUCUUUUACUUCCCUGGGCUCUGUAAUUAUGUUUUUGCAUCCCAUUGCAACGCUCCCUAUGAGGAUUUCAACAUCCAGAUUAGGCGCGUAGUGGUGGAAAGUGCUCCGACAAUCAACCGUAUCACCAUGAAACUUGAAGGUGUCGCUGUUGAACUGACAAAGGAUGUUGUCAUGAUCAACAGCAACAGAGUUCAACUGCCAUACAGCCAAUCUGGAAUUACGAUAGAAAAAAGCAGCAUUUAUGUGAAAGUUGACAGCAAAAUGGGUGUUGCAUUAAUGUGGAAUGAAGAUGACAGUAUCCUGCUAGAAUUGAAUGAGAAAUAUGCCAAUCAGACCUGUGGACUUUGUGGGGACUUCAAUGGCCUUCCAAUUUACAAUGAGUUCUAUUCAAACAAUAUUAAGAUGACAGCCCUGCAGUUUGGGAAUAUGCAGAAAAUGGAUGGGCCAACAGAACACUGUGAAGACUCCACUUCUACCCUGCCAGAUAAUUGCACUGAUAAUUUUGAUGACAUAUGCCAGAAAACAUUGACCAGCUCUGCAUUUGCAGAGUGUAACGACUUAGUUGAUGUUAGAGAGUACAUUACGGCUUGCCAAGAUGACUUGUGCCACUCUGAAGAGUGUAGAAACACCUCAUGUAUCUGCGACACCUUUGCUGAAUACUCCCGGCAGUGUGCUCAUGCUGGCGGGCAUCCUCUGAACUGGAGGACCUCAGAACUGUGCCCCAAGAAGUGCCCUUACAACAUGCAGUACCAGGAGUGCAGCUCCCCCUGUGCUGACACAUGCACCAAUCCUGAACGGACUCAGUUUUGUGAAGAACACUGUAUGGAUGGUUGUUUCUGCCCCCCAGGGACUGUAUUCGAUGACAUCAACAAUUCUGGCUGCAUUCCCCAUCAGCAGUGCUCCUGUGUUUACAAUGGCGACACCUACGCUCCGGGAACUUCUUUUUCAGAGCAGUGCUAUUCCUGUACCUGUAAUGGAGGCCAGUGGGGCUGCCAGGACACGUCAUGCCCGGGAACAUGUUCAGUGGAGGGAGGUUCGCACAUCUCCACAUAUGACAAAAAACAUUAUGAUCACCAUGGAGACUGCAUUUACGUCCUUUCUAAGCACUGUGAAGAUGAAACAUUCGUCAUCCUGGUAGAACUACGCAAAUGUGGCCUAACAGACACCGAGACAUGCUUAAAGACAGUGACCCUCAACGUGAAUAGAGGACAAACUCUCAUCGAGGUCAAACCUGAUGGUGGUGUGUUUGUAAACUCAAUCUACACCCAGCUCCCCAUCUCAGCAGCUAAUGUCACUGUGUUCAGACCUUCAUCAUUCUUCAUCAUCAUGCAGACAAACUUUGGUGUCCAGAUUGAAAUACAAAUCAUACCCAUCAUGCAAGUGUUUGUGCGACUGGAUCCUAUUUUCAAAGAGCAGACCUGUGGUCUCUGUGGAAAUUUCAAUAAUAUCCAAACUGAUGACUUCAAGGUCAUUAGUGGAAUAAUUGAAGGAACAGCAACAGCAUUUGCUAACACAUGGAAAACACAGGCUUCGUGCCCCAAUAUCCAGCGCAGUUUUGAGAACCCUUGUGCACUCAGCAUUGAUAAUGAAAAAUAUGCUCAGCACUGGUGUAGACUACUAACUGACAGCAAAGGACCUUUUGCUGAUUGUCACUAUGCAGUGAAUCCCUCUGUUUACCACACGAAUUGCAUGUUUGACACAUGUAACUGUGAAAAUAGUGAGAACUGUCUGUGUGCAGCCCUGUCUUCCUAUGUGAGAGCUUGCACUGCAAAAGGAAUCCAUCUGCGUGGAUGGAGGACUGAUAUCUGCUCAAAAUACACCACAUCAUGUCCCAAAUCCCUAAGCUACAGUUAUACCAUCUCUUCCUGUCAACCCACCUGCCGGUCUCUGAGUGAGCCUGAUGUCACAUGCAGCACUAAGUUUGUCCCAGUUGAUGGCUGCACCUGCAUAAGUGGAACCUACAUGGAUGAAAGUGGCAAAUGUGUGCCUGCUAAUGAAUGCCCCUGCUACUACAGAGGAUCUCCCAUACCACUUGGAGAAGCUGUCCGUGAAAAUGGGGUUGUAUG